CAUGCAACAAGUAAAUCAAAAUUUGGAUGAUUAUCAAGGCAUGGUAAACAUCAUUCAGGUUUAAGAGAAGCUUAGUUGAGGUCAUUUGCAUGGAAUUACACAGUUUGCGUCAAAAUCGCACAAUUCUGCCGCAAUUUGUAGCAAACUUAUAUUUCGUGUUAUUUUAGGUUAUUUUUAGUGAUUUUCACAAUUUUUUGUAUUAUUUUUGGGCUGAACAUUCACUUAUUUGAAGCCCAAUUCGUGGUUAUUAGCAUUAGUGAUGAGGCAAUUUCGUGAUAGGCAAAGUAAACCAUUGCUAGAUGGUAUCACUUCAUAUGGGUUUGAUUAUUCUCUUGAUACUCAAGUAAUUAAUCAAAUUGGCUUUGCCAAGGAAAUAUGGUCACAAUGUGAAGUUCGUUUCUCAAGGAACAAGAUUUCAGUCACUUCUGAGUUUGAAGAAUGGAGGAAAGUUUGGCUUCAAGACAUAGUUAUCCCUUAUGACAUUCCUAUCAUUAAAGAAGCUAUCAUUGUGGAUUUGAAGAAAAGAAUAGCGGAGCUAGAAGGUUUGUCGUGUGCUCAAAGGGUCAAGCAUGAAAACGAAAUUAGAGAGAAAAAUAUGGACAUUUAUUUUCUCGAAGGUGAAAAGCAAAAAUUGAUUAAGGAAAAGAAUUCUAUAACUUUUGAAAAAGAGGAGGCAAAGAAAGAAAUCGACAAGCAGGCUCAAACUCUUAAAAAAUUAAGAAGAAUCAUCCAGAAGGAAGAAAGGCAGAAUGAUCAUUUAGUGAGUAAUAAAAACAAGUUGGAGGAUGAGCUCAAUCAAGUCAAGGAUCAGAGUGCCGAUUUAAAGACUCUAAUAAACCAGCAUGAGAAGAUAGGAGGAUUGGAAGCAGAGGUAAGAAGCUUAGAGGGACAGUUGGGUGAGGCAUUAGCUACAAUUGAUCAAUUAAAGAGAGAAGGAGGAAAGGUGCUCUAUUUGGUCAAUGGAAUCUACUCUGAGGCAAUGAAGGUUGAGCGUACUAUUCCACCAAAUCAACAUGAUGCGGCUUCAAAUUUUGUGGAAGGGCUUUCAAAUAAAAGUAAGGUCAAAAGUUGGCAUGAUUUGACUUACAAUUUUAUGAAGCAGUAUGAAUACAAUACAUCACUAGCUCCUAGUAGAGAGGAUCUUCAAAGAACAGAGAAGAAAUCGAGUGAAAGCUUUAAGGAAUUUGCUCAAAGAUGGCGUGGAUUGGCUGCUCGAGUUCAACCGCCACUAACUGAUCACGAACUGAAGCAAGUGGAAGAUGGAAUCAAGUCAGGGAUUAUUAUUGAUUAUCAAGCAAUGAAGAGUCUCCUUGAACAAUACCAAAAUGGUGGUUCAGGGGUUGCAAGUUCAAGGAAAGUGGGCCAGAAUCGAAAGAAGGAAAAUGACACUGGCACCGUUAGCUCAGUUUAUGAGACGUAUGGGAGAAAUAAUCAGCCGCGCCCUCGAGGGCAAUUCAAUAAUUCUUUCCAAGCUCCAACUUAUCAACCACCAAUUUUUACAAGUCAGCCAAGACCACUCUAUACCUCUGGGAUCAAUCAUCCACAACAAGAAAGAGUGAGACGACAUUUCAACAAACUUCCUUUAUCAUACACUGAAGUGUUUCGACAGUUGGUGGCAGCUGGUCUUGUUACUCCUGUACCCAUGGUGCCAGUUAAAUCACCAUUCCCAACAUGGUACAACCCACAGGCAAGAUGUGAAUAUCAUAGUGGAGGUGUUGGACAUGAUCUUGAAAAUUGUCUAGCUUUAAGGCACCGGGUGCAGGAUUUGAUAGAUGCAAAGGAGUUGCAAAUUGCAUCAGAACCAGAAGUGGUUGGCCCAAACAUUGCUAAAAAUCCCUUGCCUACACAUGAUGGUCCAACAAUAAAUAUGAUAAUGAAAGAUUCGAAUGUUGAGAAAGACUCUCAUAGGGGUCAUGAGGAAUCCCCUGUUGAAGAUAUCGCUCUUACGACUAGAAGUGGGCGUAGUUAUGGAGACAGUCAUUGCAAAGGGAAUGAAUCGCAAAAAGGAAUCAUUAUUGAGGAAAUACAUGAGGAGCAAGUCAAGAAGUAUGUUUCAGAGCAAGAGAUAAAUGAUUUCCUUAGCAUUUUGAAGAGAAGUGAGUACAAUGUGGUAGAGCAACUUAAUCGUACUCCUGCUAAGAUCUCUAUCUUGCAACUCUUGUUGGCAUCAGAAACUCAUCGAAAUGCUUUGUUAAAGAUCUUGAAUGAGGCUCAUGUGCCAAAGGAUAUUGGUAUGGAAAAAUUCAACAAUGUGAUAGGGACUAUCCUGGCACCAAAUUUUAUCAACUUUACUGAUGAUGAAAUCCCUGAAGAUGGAAGAGGGCAUGUGAAGGCUUUUCAUAUUUCAGUACUUUGUAAAGAUAUGCAUGUGCCACGAGUGCUUAUUGAUAAUGGUUCGGCGUUGAAUGUUAUUCCUCGAUUAGUUUUGAAUCAGCUUCAGGUGGACCAGUCAUACAUUAAGCCUGGUAAGAUAGUAGUUCGUGCUUUUGAUGGCACAAGGAAAGAGGUAGAUGGAGAGAUUGAAUUACCAGUCAACGUUGGCCCAUAUACAUUUGACAUAACUUUUCAAGUUAUGAAUAUUGAGCCUGCAUUUAAUAUGUUGCUUGGAAGGCCUUGGAUUCAUAUGGCUGGUGCAGUACCUUCUACUUUGCAUCAAAAGCUGAAAUAUAUUGUAGGCAACUCUUUGGUUACGGUGAAUGGUGAAAAGGAUUAUGCUAUCCAUAAGGCAACAUCUGUGCCAUAUGUAGAAGCAGACUCUCAGAGCCAAGAAGCAACUUACCACUCCAUGGAGUUUGUCUCAACCACAUACGUUGCGGAAGGCACAGUGUUGAGAACACCAGAUCUUUCUAGAGUGAGUAAGGGAGUGGCUAAGGUAAUGUUGGAAAAUCAUUUUGAAGUCGGAAAGGGCUUAGGAAUUGGACUGCAAGGAAUUGAGGAACCAAUUGAGGUGAUUGAUACAUCAAUGGGGUUUGGCUUAGGAUAUAAGCCCACUUGGAAGGAUUGGUUGUGGAUGAGGACUAGGAAAGCUGAAAGGCGUCGAGCUAAGUUAGAAGGAAGAGAACCAAAUGAGAAAAAAUUGCAUAUUCCUCAUAUUCGGGUGACAUUUCCAAAACCUGCUGAAGUUGUGUGUGGAUAUGAUGCAAAGCCAAUGGAUGAAACUCUCAAAAAGGAGAAUUUGAAGGACGAAGUGAUCAUAGAGGAUGCAUCAGAUGAUGAAGAUAUGGGAACUUUUGAUUUGUUCAAGUUUUUUGCUUCAACAAAUGAUGAUGGUUUGAACACUUCUUUGGAGACGUUAAGCAUAUGCGUCAUUGAUGAAGGGAGGGAUGAUGACAAUGUCAUUUUGCCUGCUCAGGGUGAAUCUUUGGACAACUGGACAGUAGAGAUUCUUCCUGUUCCUAUCAUUAAAUCGUUUGCUGAUAGUAAAUCUACAAAUAGUGAUAUCAUUCCUGAAUUUACACAUAGUUUUGAUGAACCGAUUUAUUCUGUGGAAAAUGAUGAAGAAUUAGAACCCUUUCCUGAAUUGACUGACAUGUUGAAAGAAGAACCGAAAUUACAGCCUAAUCAAUCUGAAGUAGAAACAGUUAAUUUGGGAACAGAUGAGGAUAAAAAGGAGAUUAAGAUCAAUGGGCAGUUGCAUCCAGAUGAAAGAAAAGCUCUUGUUGACUUGUUAAAAGAUUUUCAAGAUGUGUUUGCUUGGUCUUAUGAAGAUAUGCCUGGAUUAGAUUCGGAGAUAACAGUUCAUGCAAUUCCACUAAGGCCAGAAUGUCCACCGGUGAAGCAAAAGUUGAGAAGAAUGAAGCCAGAAAUGUUGUUGAAAAUCAAAGAGGAAGUAAAGAAGCUGUUAGAUGCAGGGUUCAUCGAAGUAACCAUGUACCCCCAAUGGGUUGCAAAUAUUGUUCCUGUGCCGAAGAAGGACGGAAAAGUCAGAAUGUGUGUGGAUUAUAGAGAUCUGAACAAAGCAAGCCCAAAAGAUGACUUUCCUUUGCCACAUAUCCAACUGUUGGUUGACAAUGCUGCCAAAAGUGUUAAAUUUUCAUUUGUUGAUGGUUAUUCUGUUUAUAAUCAGAUCAAGAUAAAGGAGGAAGACAAGAUCAAAACCACGUUUAUCACUUUGUGGGGCACCUUUUGCUACAAGGUAAUGCCAUUUGGAUUGAAAAAUGCGGGGGCAACUUAUCAAAGAGCAAUGAUUACAUUGUUACAUGACCUCAUUCACAAAAUCAUUGAGGUUUAUGUAGAUGACAUGAUAAUAAGGUCUGGAGAAAAUGAAGAUCAUUUGAUGAAUCUUAAAAUCGUGUUUAAGAGAUUAAGGAAGCAUCAGCUGAGACUCAAUCCAACAAAAUGCACUUUUGGGGUAACAUCUGGCAAGCUCCUAGGGUUUAUUGUUAGUAGAAGAGGAAUUGAAAUAGACCCUGCCAAGAUCAAAGCUAUUGAAGAUAUGCCUCCACCAAAAACACAGAAAGAGGUGCGUAGUUUCUUGGGUAGGCUGAACUAUAUUAGUAGAUUCAUUGCCCAAAUGACAACUAUUUGUGAUCCAAUCUUCCGAUUGUUAAAGAAGAAUAAUCCUGGUGUAUGGGAUGAUCAAUGCCAAGAAGCUUUUGACAGAAUUAAGCAGUAUUUGAAAAGUCCGCCAAUUCUUGUGCCGCCAGUGGAUGGAAGACCAUUGAUUCUCUAUAUAACUGUGCUGGAAGGUUCUAUGGGGGCUGUUUUGGCUCAACAUGAUGAUUCUGGCAGAAGGGAGCAGGCUAUUUAUUAUAUUAGCAAAAAGUUCAAUGAUUGUGAAAGUAGAUAUUCAUCUUUGGAGAAGACAUGUUGCGCAUUGGCUUGGAUUGCUAAGAAGCUUCGUCAUUAUAUGCUUUCCAAUACUACAUGGCUAAUAUCUCGAAUGGAUCCCAUCAAAUAUAUAUUUGAGAAACCUUCUUUAUCUGGAAGAAUUGCUCGAUGGCACAUGUUGUUAUCGGAAUUUGAGAUUAUUUACAUGACUCAAAAGGCAGUAAAAGGUCAAGUCAUUGCAGAUCAUCUUGCAGAGAAUGCAGUUGAAGAUUAUCAACUAGUUGAUUGGGAGUUUCCUGAUGAGGAUGUCAUGGCAAUUGAGGAAAGUAAUUAUGAAACUUCUAAUUGGAAGAUGUAUUUUGAUGGAGCUGCUAAUCAAAAUGGAAGUGGAGUGGGGGCAGUUCUCGUCUCACCUAAAGGAGAACAUUUUCCGUUUGCAGUGAAGCUUGAUUUUUCCUGCACCAAUAACAUCACUGAAUAUGAAGCUUGCAUCUUGGGUCUACAAGCAGCUCUUGAUAUGAAUAUUAGGGAUCUUGAAGUUUAUGGAGAUUCAGCCCUAAUCAUAUUUCAAAUCAAGGGAGAAUGGAAGACAAAAGACAUGAAGUUAUUGCCUUAUUACCAAUACCUUGAUUCUCAAACUAAGAAAUUCAGAUUUAUCUCUUUUGAAUACAUGCCUCGAUCAAAGAAUCAAUUUGCAGAUGCCUUAGCAACUUUGGCUUCCAUGGUGCAAAUAUCAGAGGAAGAUCAAAUUCAACCACUUAUGAUUGAUGUACAUAAAAACCCCGCUUAUUGCAUGGAGAUUGGGCAAGAAAUAGAUGGCCAGCCUUGGUACUAUGACAUCAAACAAUGUAUCUUACAUAAUCGAUAUCCAGUUCAUGUAACUGAUGUUGAUAAAAAGACAAUUCGAAGAAUGGCCAGGUCUUACUUCUUGAGUGGGGACACCUUAUACAAGCGCUCUGCAGAUAUGACAUUGUUAAGAUGUGUUGAUGCUAUCGAGGCAAAAAGAAUCAUGGUGGAAGUUCAUGAAGGAAUAUGUGGAACUCAUGCUAAUGGGCAUAUGCUAGCUAGAAAGAUACUCAGAGCAGGAUAUUUCUGGUUAAAGAUGGAGACAGAUUGCAUUGAUUAUGUGAAGAAAUGUCACAAAUGUCAAAUCUAUGCAGAUCAGAUUAAAGCUCCUCCAUUUCCAUUGCAUAAUAUGGUUACUCCUUGGCCAUUUUCUAUGUGGGGAAUUGACGUUAUUGGGCCCAUUAAUCCAAAAGCUUCAAAUGGUCAUCAGUUUAUUCUGGUUGCAAUUGAUUAUUUUUCCAAAUGGGUAGAGGCUGCUUCAUAUGCAAAUGUGAAAAAUAAAGUGGUGGCACGGUUUAUUCAAAGGGAGAUCAUUUGCAGAUAUGGUCAACCAGAAACAAUCAUCACUGAUAAUGCAAAGAAUCUUAAUAAUUCUUUGAUGGCAUCAAUUUGUAAGCAGCACAGGAUUCAACAUUUAAAUUCCACACCAUAUCGGCCUAAGAUGAAUGGAGCUGUGGAAGCUGCAAACAAAAAUAUCAAGAAGAUCCUUGCAAAGAUGACGGUAACUUACAAGGAUUGGCAUGAAAUGCUACCUUUUGCACUCCAUGCUUAUAGAACAUCUGUUCGAACUUCUACUGGAGCAACACCUUAUUCUUUGGUUUAUGGUAUGGAGGCAGUUUUACCAAUUGAAGUUGAGAUACCAUCUUUGAGGAUUCUAGUUGAAGCAGAAUUGGAAGAAUCUGAGCAAGUUUAUGAGGAUCAACUGAGAUUGAAAAAAGAGAGUAAGCUGAGAAAAGAGAGUAAGUUGAGAAAAGAGAGUGAGCUUGAGGGUAUGACAAACAGAGAGAAAACAACAGAGAAAGAGUUAAAAAAGAGAGAAAAGAUCGAGAGUGUUGAAAACAAAGAGAGAAAAUCAGUGAGUGUUUAUGCAAAAGAAAGUGAUGUCAAGGCUGCGUUCUUUACUGAGCAGCCUAUGUUUGUGCUUCUGUAUAAAGAUGUUUAUUUCAACACUAACGAACUUAAUGAUUCUUUGCCUAGUGUUGUUAACUCUCUUUUGCAGCACUUCAAGGAUGUGUUUCCAGAAGACAUCCCUAAUGAUUUACCACCAAUAAGAGGAAUUGAGCAUCAGAUUGACUUCAUUCCAGGUGCAACAAUUUCGAACCGACCAGCAUAUCGAAGCAACCCCAAUGAGACGAAAGAACUUCAAAAGCAGGUUGAAGAACUCAUGAAGAAGGGGCAUGUGAGAGAAAGCAUGAGUCCAUGUGCAGUUCCAAUGCUACUUGUGCUUAAGAAGGAUGGGACUUGGUGUAUGUGUGUUGAUUGUCACGCUGUCAACAAAAUCACUGUAAAGUAUCGUCACCCUAUUCCUAGAUUAGAUGACAUAUUAGAUGAAUUGCAUGGUUCUUGCAUAUUCACUAAAAUUGAUUUAAAGAAUGGGUAUCAUCAGAUUAGGAUGAAGGAAGGUGAUGAAUGGAAAACAACCUUUAAAAUGAAACAUGGUUUAUAUAAGUGUUUAGUGAUGCCAUUUGGAUUAACUAAUGCACCUAGUACAUUCAUUAAGAGUUUAACUGAUCAUAUUGAGCAUUUGCAAAUGGUAAUUGAGGUUCUGAGAAAAGAAAAGUUGUUUGCUAACCUUAAAAAGUAUUCCUUUUGCACAAAUCAUAUUGUCUUUUUAGGGUAUUUUGUUUCAGCUGAUGGACAAACAAAAGUGGUUAGUAGGACGUUGUCAACCUUAUUGCGAUCUAUUAUUCAGAAUAACUUAAAGAAUUGGGAAGAGUGUUUGCUGCACGUUGAAUUUGCUUAUAACCGGAGCAUCCAUUCAGCAACUAACCGUUCGCCAUUUGAGGUUGCAUAUGGUUUUAAUCCACUCACUCCUUUGGAUUUAUUGCCAUUACCUAUUGAUAAACAAGCUAGUUUGGAUGGGAAAAAGAAAGCUGAAGUGGUUAAGCAACUGCAUGAGAGGGAGGGAUUCCCUGCACAAAGGCGUUCUAAGCUACAACCAAGAGGUGAAGGACCAUUUCAAGUGAUUGCGAGGAUUAAUGAGAACGCAUUCAAGUUGGAGCUUCUUGGUGAGUAUAAUGUUAGUGCUACUUUUAAUGUUUCUGAUCUUUGUCCUUUUGAUGUAGGAGACGAUUUGAGGACAAAUCCUUUUGAAGAGAGAGGGAAUGAUGGGAAUCAAGACGACAACAUAUCUACUAUGUCAUGUGAUCCAUUACACACCCAAGCAGGUCCAGUCACGCGAGCUAGAGCUAAGAAGAUGCGUGAAACUUUAAGUGGCCUUAUUAAGCAAAUCUAGGUUGAAAACAACAUACAAUAAGCAAAUCGAAGCUUGGAUGAUUAUCAAGGCAUGGGUGUGGCGUCAACCAACUUUAUACCUCUGGUUCUUGUUGCGUCAUAGACAACGGGUCAAGGUUUUUACCUUUGGUUUUUGUUGUGACAUAAACAACGGGUCAAGGUCCUAUUAUAAACCUGAUUUAGCUUUCUUGGAGUUUAGAAAUCCCUUGUCGUGCUGUGGGUCUUAUUGUUCUCUUUGGGGUUCUCAUCACUUUGUCAACGAUAAACAAUUCAGUGAGGAUCUCUAUGUGUGAUAUCUUUGUACUUGACAUCAUCUUGAGGAUGACUCAAAGUAUUUUGUCAAAAGUGGGUAAUCUUCAAUAUACUUGGCAAGUCAAA